AUGGGCUCGGAGAAGAACGACUCCAGCGAAAGAUCUAAUUACAAGGCACUCAAAGAGUCGGGCGUACAGCUUAAGACUCAUACCUUCGGCGACUACAUCUUUCAACCCCAUGCCGCCUUUCCAUCCGUGGACGCUGCAGCAUCCUCCCAGACGCAGUGGGACUUUGUCUUCGUGACGACCAAGGCGCUUCCAGAUCGCUCUGAUGAUUCUGCCAUGAUCGUACCUCUUGUAGGGAAGAAUACGAGCAUUGUGCUCAUCCAGAACGGCGUUGGCGUCGAGGAGCCGUUUCGCCAGCGGUUUCCCAACAAUCCCAUCGUGAGCGCCGUGACGAUUGUCAGUGCCGAGCAGACCUCGCCAGGUGUAAUCCGACAAAACCGAUGGACGAGGGUCAGUAUCGGGCCGCAUACUAAUGGCCUCGGGACAGGCGACCCCGAGCUUAGCCAACGCGGUACAGAGGCGGUCAAGCAGCUCGGCACGUGGUGGGGUCCCGGCUGGGGUGGAAUCCGCGACGUAGAGCCCCACGACGAGAUUGGGCUGCAGACGGUGAGAUGGCACAAGCUCUGUAUCAAUGCCGCGUUCAAUCCAAGUGCGGUGUUGAGUGGCGGGAGGGGCAACGCAGACAUGGCCACGGAUCCGGAGCUUCGGGAGCAUGUUUUUGGCAUCAUGAACGAGAUCAGAGCGGCGGUACCCAAAAUUCUGGGACGAGAGUUUCCCAACGACCUCGCGAAGCCGGACCGUAUUGUCAAGAGCACGGAGCGGAAUACGGGGGCAAGGCCCAGCAUGUUGCUGGACUGGGAGGCUGGACGCCCGUUGGAGUUGGAAGUGAUUUUGGGCAAUCCGGUGAGGAUUGCUAGAGCCCACGGGGUGGAGAUGCCUCGUUUGCAGACACUGUAUGCCUUGUUGAGCAGUGCGCAGAGGACUCGAGAGGAGAGAGCAACCAAGGGAAAGCUGUAG